CCAUCUUUCCUUAUCGUAUAAACAGUGCGACCGGGCGCAGCGCGAAUUCUCGCCGUGGAAUCGUGGAUUUCCCAGUGUUUUUGAGUGAUUCGCACGCGAAGAGAUGUCUGACGCAAAGACGGAGACCAAGAGCGACAACAACAUCGAGGAUGCGUCCAAGGAACAGUCGACGGAGGAGAAACCGACUCCGACGAAAAACAAACGAAGCGGCACCAAGAGGCUCUCCACUCUCGAAAGGACCGCUCAGGAGGGCGAGGCAAUUAUAAAGGGCAUGAACAAAUCCGUCGGCGAGGUAGAAGGCAGGAGACGCACUCGCAGUUCAGCCAGAGGCCUAACUUCGACAACGCCAGUGCCAUCACCACCCAAGAAGGAGAAGAGGGAAACAUCGACGCGGGGUGGUGGCGGUGGCCGCGGACGUGGACGUCCCAAGAGGCAGGAGAAGAACAAUGAGAAUAAUACGGACGAGGAAACGUCCAACAACAAAAGCGAAAAACACACGGAAGAGGAGUCCACAAAGAUGGAGGUAGACGAGGAGAAGGAGGAGAAGGAGGAGAAGGAGAGCAAGGCGAUACAGAACGAAGACAAAAACGCGGAGGGCGUGGACAGUAAAGACAGUAAAGACGCUGAGAAAGUGACCGAUGCCAAUUCCAAGGACGAGAAGGUGACGGAGGAGUCGGAGAACGUGGACGAGGCUAAGAGCACCACUCCCUGUGAAGAGAAGAAGCAAGAGGAAAUGAAGGACAGCUCGGACUCGAGUCAAGAUGCGACGGACACAGCAGCGGAAGCGCCACCCUUAUCCUCAUCGGAGUCCCAAAAUCCCUCCAACACUGUUACUACUGAGGAAAACAAGGAAUAACCUCCUUUCGCCUGUUUUACCACUACUUUUAUGAGGUACCAAGGCGGCGCACAUAUUGGGGUCACACAAAUCCAGUCCCCCCUCGUCUAUUUUAACUAAUUAACACCUUCUUGUCGAUCGUUGCUUCAACCAGCGCAUUAUAGUUUUGCUUUUAUUUUGUCAUUAUAUGCCUAUAGAUAACGCGGCUUUUCGAAAAAUAUAUAACAAAAGUCCAUAGAGUCUGCUAUGUUGGUACGAAUUAGCGUUAAAAGAUUGACUCAUUUUUUCUCUCUCUGCCUACAUUAUAUAUUAUUGUAUCUUCGUAGAAAACUAUUAUACUCUUUAUCUUGAUCUGGAAAUGAGAAUUCUGAUAACACAAUAAUCUAGGAAGAGAUAGCUAAAUCGUUAAUCUAGCGUUAAUUCAAAUUGUCAGUGUAAUCCUAAAAUCUUUUCAAUCAUUUAGACAGUUUUUUUUCUUCGUGUUCUCUUUUUCACAUUAUUAUUAUUUUCAAUUUUCAUUAAAAUAGAGCGGCUCUGGCUAAAGUAAAUCUAGCCAAAUCAAUUUUUCUUUAUCUGAAUUAACAAACUUUUUUUGGUGAUGUUCUAUAUAGCAUGUAUAUUAUAUUUAUAUAUUUAAAAUUUUAUUGUUUUUGUCGAGUAAUAUAAAAAUCUUGUCAUUGCGCUGGUUAAUUAGCGAUAAGCAACGCGAGGUGUAGAGCAUACGUUGUUCAUGUACAAUGAUAAUAUUAUUGUAAAAUAUAUUUAAUAUGGACUUAUAUAGAGAGAGAAGUUGUUUUCAAAUCAGAGCUGACAUCCGGGUCCUAUAGUAUAAUGUCCUACGAUUCAGAUCUGAUGUGGAAGUAGCUAAAGAUUAAUUCGUACAUAGCAAAUUACUGUAAUACCUUUAUCGUAUAUAAAUAGUGACUGAAUGAAGUGGAAUAUAUGAGAACUAUGGUGAAAUGAUUUCUCUUUUUCAUGGAUUAAGCGGAAAUAAAAUUUCUGAGAAACGCGUUGCGGCGUUAUCUAUGCUUUCCUCCCUCGCAUAAGUGUCUACUAAUAAUUAUUAAUUUCUAAUCCUUUCGCCGGUAAACAAACUAUUUCAGCAGAUCGUGUUUCUUUUCUUUUUUUAGCGAUUGAAAGACCAAUGCUUGUUUAUCGAGUGAAAAUUUCUCACUGUCAUUGACUGUUUCGUUCGCUCAAUAUCAUUACGACUUUUUAUUGCGAGAUCUUUCAGAGAGCAUCCCUGUUUUUUUUUUAUUAGUCCAAUAUUAAAUAUGUUAAUAUUAUUGUGUAUUUGAACUGUGUUGCGAGUGUACAGUUAGAUUAUACAAUUGAUGCACUUAUAUCUAGAGGAAAUCGCACACACACACACACACCUGAGACACCAAUAGUACGCGAAUCUAAUACAGUAUGUUUAUUAUGUAAAUGUGUGCAAUGAAGAAAGGGAUUCUCGUAAAUAUGCGGGGAUCUUGCAAUGAAAAAAAAACUAAC